GCCGGAGCCCCGCUCGCCGCUGCGGAGCCGGAGGAACCGGACGGGGCCGCGGAGCCGGGCCGGGGCCGGGGGCUGCGCCGGGGCCGGCGGCGAGCGGGGUGAACUACAGAAAGUGACUCUUACAGCAUCUUAGCUCUAUGAACUCUUGAGCUGUCAAGGGACUGAGAGGCUUAUGAAGAGGUUCUGUCAAGCAAAACAGCUCUUAUCAAAGACACCAAGGAGGAGGGAAAAGGAGAAAGAAAGAGAGAGUUGAAACAGUAACAAAUCAUGAGAUCUAUCCGAUCUUUUGCUAACGAUGACCGCCAUGUUAUGGUGAAACAUUCAACCAUUUAUCCAUCUCCAGAAGAACUUGAAGCUGUCCAGAACAUGGUAUCAACAGUAGAAUGUGCCCUUAAACAUGUGUCUGACUGGAUGGAUGAAAAGAACAAGUCUGUAAAAUGUGAGGGUGAUGUGGAAGCAAAAGAGGAAGCUGCAGAAAGCAAUGCCAAGGAUCAAAGUGGUCGGACCUUGUGUGGUGUUAUGAGAAUUGGCUUGGUUGCAAAGGGUUUGCUGAUAAAAGAUGAUAUGGAUUUGGAGCUGGUUCUCAUGUGCAAAGAAAAACCCACAAAGACCUUACUAUGUAUAGUCAAAGACAAUCUCCCCAUUCAAAUUCAGAAACUUACAGAAGAGAAGUAUCUCGUGGAGGAGCAUGUAAAUGAGGCAGCUAUUAUUAUUCGUAACACAAAGGAGCCCAAGCUAACCUUGAAGGUGAUACUUACGUCCCCUCUCAUUCGAGAUGAAGCAGAGAAGAAGGAAGGAGUAGACAGUGUUGCGAUGAAAGAUCCUCCGGACUUAUUGGACAGGCAGAAAUGCCUGGAGGCCUUGGCGUCUCUGCGGCACGCCAAAUGGUUUCAGGCCAGGGCAAAUGGACUAAAAUCAUGUGUAAUUGUGCUUCGUAUUCUGCGGGAUUUGUGCAACAGAGUCCCCACAUGGGCACCACUGAAAGGAUGGCCACUCGAGCUUAUAUGUGAAAAAUCUAUAGGUACUUGUAAUAGACCUUUGGGCGCUGGGGAAGCAUUACGACGAGUGAUGGAGUGCUUGGCAUCUGGAAUUCUGCUUCCCGGAGGCCCUGGUCUGCAUGACCCCUGUGAACGGGAGCCAACAGAUGCUUUGUCUGAUAUGACAGUUCAGCAAAAAGAAGCCAUUACGCACAGUGCUCAGCAUGCCCUCAGAUUAUCAGCCUUUGGUCAGAUUUAUAAGGUUUUGGAAAUGGAUCCCCUCCCAUCAAAUAAAUCAUUUCAGAAAUAUUCCUGGUCAGUAGCUGACAAAGAAGGUACAGGCUCAUCUGCUCUCAAGAGACCAUUUGAAGAUGGUGUUGGGGACGAUAAAGAUCCAAAUAAAAAGAUGAAGCGUAAUCUGAGGAAAAUACUAGAUAGUAAAGCAAUAGAUCUCAUGAAUGCUCUGAUGAGGCUGAACCAAAUCAGGCCGGGGCUUCAGUAUAAGCUGCUGUCCCAGUCUGGUCCAGUCCAUGCCCCAGUCUUCACAAUGUCUGUAGAUGUUGAUGGUACGACAUAUGAAGCAUCAGGACCUUCUAAGAAAACAGCCAAGCUCCAUGUGGCAGUGAAGGUUUUACAAGCAAUGGGUUAUCCAACUGGUUUUGAUGCAGAUGUUGAAUGUGUAAGUUCUGAUGAAAAAUCAGAUAAUGAAGGUAAAAAUGAAACAGUGUCUUCAAUCUCAAGCAAUAAUACUGGAAAUUCUACAGCUGACACCUCUGCUACCCUAGAGGUAAGAACUCAGGGUCCUAUACUGACAGCAAGUGGUAAAAAUCCGGUGAUGGAGCUCAAUGAAAAAAGAAGAGGUCUGAAGUAUGAGCUCAUCUCUGAGACAGGUGGAAGCCAUGACAAGCGAUUUGUGAUGGAGGUAGAAGUAGAUGGCCAGAAAUUCAGAGGUGCAGGCCCAAAUAAGAAAGUAGCAAAAGCAAGUGCUGCAUUAGCAGCACUUGAGAAACUGUUUUCUGGACCUAAUGCAGCAAACAACAAGAAAAAGAAAAUUCUUCCUCAGCAGACUAAAGGAGUUGUCAAUACAGCUGUUUCUGCAGCAGUCCAGGCUGUGCGAGGUAGAGGACGAGGUGCUUUAACAAGAGGUGCAUUUGUUGGGGCAGCUGCUGCUACUGGAUACAUAACGCCAGGCUAUGGAGCACCGUAUGGAUAUAGUACAGCUGCACCAGCUUAUGCCAUAUGCACUUGUAUAAAAUAAGCAGAAAUUUAAUGACUGUAAGCUGAGAUCGUGAUAAAAAAGCCAUUUGGAAUGGCUGGCAAGACAGCCCAGGAACCUCACUCAUUCAUGAUGGAACUUGAGCAAAACACUGAUGUGCUGAAGUGUCACUCAUGUGAGUUUCACACAUGCCUAAUACAUGGGCAUUUGAGAGAAUAGUUACGGACUAAAUUCUAAGAGUAGCUUUUAACUUAACUGAGAUACUAGGCUAUUAUUUGAUGAUAAUUUGAUGAUUGGAUAACAGCUGCUUGAUCAAUUUUGUAACAACCACUGUUAUUCUAAGGCAGAAAUAGAAUCUGCUUUCUUUUGCAUAAAUACUUGCUCAUUUCCUUUUUAAAAGACAUCUCGUGGGAGCAUGGUCUGAAGUGCCUUUUCUGUGAGCUUGAGGUCUGCUAUUUGAUGGUUACUGAGCUUUGUCUUUCUGGAUAUACCCAGUAGUAAAAUGUGGAAACUGGUUCCAUGUGCUUUGUAUAGCUGCUAUCUUUGUCAAUUUGUAGUAACAUGUCUGUGACGCAAAAAAUGUUAUUUUAUAGUUUGAACUUCUGGUUCACGGAAAAGAAAGUAUUCUGGAAAAGUACCUUUCAACUGCUACAUAUAAAUAGGACAUUUGGGAAAGUCUGUAUCUAUUCAGUUUCCACCUUAACUCUAGUUUUAGCUAACCAGACGCUAGUGUGUAUUUUGGGAGAUGAUGUCUGGCACUUAAAGGAUUAAAAGAAACCCGAACUUUACAAUGAAAAGUUGGCUUAUCUAGUGUGUUAUCUAGAUUGGAGAUAAACAGUAUUUACAUUGACUUCAGAAGAAAAAUGUAAACUUGAGUGGCCUGGUUGGUUGACAGUGAGAGAAGUAAAGCUAUUUACAGAAUCAAAAGAUUAAAACACAGACUGUUCCAUUGUUAAAAUAGCAUUUAUUUGCCUUUAGCUGCUCUUGAGUACAAACCCGUAAUCAUGCAGGGCAUUUACUUUCCCUUUAUAACAAUUUGGGUUUCAUGGAACUGUGUGAGGGAGAAAAGUAUAACCAGCCUGCUGAGUAAUCCAUGCAGGACAGCAGUCUUCACUGAUGGAAAUCCCUAGAUACUGUACACUGCUAACCAUUCUUCACCAUUUUCCUUCCUAAUGGGUGAGUGGCAGCUGGAAUGCUUGUCAAUUUGCCCAGAUAUGAAACUGUAUUUUGAAGAAAUUAGAUAUUUUUUACAAGGGAACUUAAAUCCUGCUUUGCCAGCCAUGGGAGAUUUCUACAGGCAUGUUCUAUCUAGAGAAGGCUUUAAAACUGGAAUGACUGGGAAGGGCACUGCUGUCUUGAGCUGGUGUUUUAACUGUACAUUAUACAAACACUAUAUAAAAAUCUGCAUAAACCUUUUUGAGAUCUAUUCCAUCACCAUCCUGUGCUUGAAAGCCUGUAUGUUACAGAACCAGAAUUGCAUGACAGUGAAAAGACUUGGCUAGAUGAAAGCAUGAUACACAAUGCUUCCUGCCACCGUGUCCUCCCUCUGCCAGGGCUUGCUGUCUUCCUUAAGCACACAUUCAGGAGUUGGAACAUGGUGACCUUAUUCCUGGGCACUGAGCCACACAAAUGGAGGGAGGCCAGCCUCUACCCAUGAAGGGUCUGUAUAAUGUGCAGCCUCUGUUGCUGAAGCAGUUUCUGUUGGACACAGUACACAGUCCAAUUCUCACAAAGACAAUUUAGUGCCUGGGUAGGUGGUUCCUAAUCUGUCUAAUUUGUUGUCAUGUAGCCAAUGUGAGUUAAUAAAAUGAUUCAGCAAUUAUCAUGGCUCCUGCUGAAUGUGCUGUCAGCGCUGCUGCUGUAAAUUUCACUGCACUUCCUUAAAUACCCUUGCUCUUGUAAAUACUGUGCAAACCACAGCCUCUUCUGAAUUUCCUUCUAGCAUCCUUGUAAAUAACUGAUUCUGUUGAAUUACAAAAUUUUCGGUAUGUUUCUAGAUUCUUGAAAGCUUUUAAUCAGCCUACAAAGAGAGUUCUAGGGAAACAGGUUUUCCUAGAAAGUCAUCCAUGUGCUGAGGGACUAUUUCUACUCCUGCAAACAUCUGUGACAACUAUUCUAAUAUCUUUGAUCUUUCUUUAAUAACACUUGCCUUCUGGCAGGAAAAAAGAUUUAAAGUGUAUCUUAUCCAAUUUGAAAAUUAUUUGCGUAUUUUUCCUUUCAUUGGACUGCUAAGCGAAAUUUCCCUACCCAUGAGUUUCUUGUGUGGCUAGGUAGAAAGAAGAGUUACAUGGAAACUUCCCAGGUGGUCUGGGAAGAGAUCUCCAGCCUGGAGGCUGGUUCAACUGUGGGAGAUCAAUCCCCUGGCAAUUCCAAAACUCCAAAAUAGCUAUAAAUGUGAGCAGCUUUACUGUGCCAUCCUUGAUCCAGUCCAGCAAUGUCCUCAGAAAAACAGCCUGUAUGCCUCAGUAUUUUCAGUCAGUGAUCCCUGACAGCAAUAGUAUAGAAGUACAUUGUCCUUGUUUCCCUUAUGCUUCUGCAUCUGUAUUUCUAAGAACCUAUGGAUCAUCACAGUCUAGCAGAGAUCCCUGAACUGUAUAAACGAAUAGCAAACAGACAGUGCAGCAUUUCAGACUGUUAUGUGCAAGUGGUAACACAGGUAAUAAGGUAAUACAAAAACAUGAGUGGGACACACACAGGCCUGUGUCUCCAGUGUGGGGUUUUCCAGAAGAGGAUGUUCUUUCUGCUAGACCUAGCUGAUAAUGCAUAGGCAUUGAAAUGCCUUAGUAAAAGUUGUUCUAUGAGUUCUGUGAGAGAAAAAUUCACUUCAGUGUAAGAUUCAAUUCAGUGUUUUGUCUCCAGUUCAUGUGGCAAAAUGAAACAUUCAGGCAAAAUACUUAUCUUGACGCUUAAGAGGAGCUGAAUGAUCCAAAGUGGGGUAAGUGGAGAUGUGCAAUUCAAAAACAAAUUUCUUAUUUUGUAUGUUGUUUUGUUAUGUAUUUGGUGCCUUAACUCUUUAUAAUCUAACGUUAAAUAUACUGUACAAGUGAUAGUUUAGUGGUUAAGAGUACUUUGAUGAUGUUACUGAACUAGCCUACAGGAACUGUAGCAACAACUGAAGUCUCAGUGGGAGAGUUCUCUUGCGUGUUUAAUUAAUAAUCCAUUGAUAAACAGGAGUCGAAGAAUUUAAAGAGCAUAUAAAAGUUUUAACCAUAGAUUGAGACCAAAGGUAUCAAAUUUCCAACUUCAAAGGUUUGUGUCAGUAAGAUAAAGGUACAAUCUCUUCUAUGCUGUGUAAACAAAAAUGAAAAUGUAAUUCAGCUGCCCAGUAGUGCAUGUUUGUCAAAAUCUCUAGACUCUUAUCUCUACUAUGACAAACCACACUAAUUCUAGAGGGCGUUAAUUGAAUGUAGUCAUCCACUGGUAUGGGGGAGCUGAGAUGAGUUAGAGUUGCAAUAAAUUAAAAUUUAAGUCCAAAACGGCAUAUAGACUUACGCCUAAUUCCUGCCUCUUACCUGAAUCUAGAAGCUCCAGUUGCCAUAAGCCACUUUGCAGUUUACAAGGUGCAGUGCAGCUUCUACUUGAACACAUUCGCUUGCUGAACACACCUGGUUCUGGUAGAAUGCACUGAGAGAGAGAGAGAGAGAGAGAGAAGGAAAAAAUGAAGGUGGAAUGUUCCAGUCUGAGGAAGUUAAGUAUAACAGACAGCAAGUUGGUGGGAAAGAUGAACUGCCUUUUCCAAAGCCAUAAAUACCAGUCUACAGUAAAAAAAAAGGAGGUUUGUCUACUGUGGUAAAUCAGCAGCCUUAGUAAACUAAGGGCGAUGGGAGAUAGCAUUGUUUUUUUCCUACAGUUUUCAAGAAAAUAGGUAAGAGGCAUAAGCUAUCCAUAUCACAAACUAAAAGCUGCUGCAGCAGAUAUACUUUUUUUCCACUUCUAUACAUACGCAGGUAAUGAAAAGAGGAGGUGGAGAAACAGGAGAAAUCAAGUGAACAAAUUCUAUUUGCCGAUGCAGCCCUAUCCAGAUGGGGAGACUGUUCCAUGCAGUAUAGUAUACUAGUAUAGGAAUACUGGUAACUUAUUUGUACAAUAUUCUAGACAGUUUGCUCUUGAACAGAACAGAAUGGUAACAAGGGAAAGCAGAUACUGCUUCCAGAACUACAUGUUGUAAUGUAUGAAUUUCAGAUCACUAAUACUGGUGUAUAACUAUAACAAAGUAGGUUCAUCUUACCAUGAAAGCUUAUUUUGAAAUUCUAUCCACUUACAUUUCUUAAGCUAACAGCAAGUUUAAUUAUAGCACUAAUCUGUAAGGGAGUAUAGCAGAAGGUAAGUUUUAGCUUUGUAUUUCAAAGCUGCUGUAAGUUGGUUAACAGUGUUCCAUGGAAAUAACUUGAUGUACUUAUUUGUGCUCAUUUCUAUGUUCUUAGAAAAGCACAAGCUUCUGUAAGCAUAACCACCACAAAGCUACUCAGGGUACUUUGUCAUCUCAGCAGUGGACACUAACUGCAUCUUAAGUCAGCAGGCACAAAUAGAUCAAGCUUAAUUAAGAGGAACAGAACAUCUUGGCAGGUUUGCUUUACUACUGGUACUGUUAUAAUUUAAUGAUCUAUGCAUAUGGAAAUGUGUGUAUUCCUGCACUUCUAGUAUAACUUACAGUUCUGCAAGAGCAUCCUGCAUACUAAACAAGUGAAACAUAUUCAGAGUAGAGUAUUAUUUUUUCAUUAUUCCCACAAAGGGCUGAUUAUAAGCAAUUGCAGAGUGAUAAUGCUCAAAGCAGAAUAGCUGUGGGCUGAACAGUAUUCAGAGCAGUACAGCUUUCAGAAAUUUAGUGAUAUGAAUUUAGUUAUGAAACUUCUAAUUCACUGUAUAGGUUAUUUCUUGCGUUUUCAAACUAGCAUCACUAGUUCCCUGCUCAAAGUAACGGGAUAAAGUCAAGUGUAGUUUUCCAACAACACAUUAUUACAUGGAAAUGUGCUGGAAGAAAACUGAGGUUAUACUGCUGAGAACAUGUUCUACUUUACAGAGCCAUUCUCUGGGCAAUGCUGCAUAAUUUAAGAGUGGGUAAAUAUGCCUUCAGGGACAACAGAACACAGAACAGAUGUUUGAAAAAAACAAACAAACAAACAAAAAAACAACCCAGAAGAAGCCUUGAAGCUUUGUCCACUCAUGCACUUACUCUUCCCUGGAAAAAUGUACAGGUACAUUCAGAUGUGUUAGUGAGUUAUAGAUCAGAUAUCACAAAGGCCUUUAAGGGUGAAUGUUUUAAAGGCAGUCUCCUUUGGACAGAAAAUAAAGGAAGUUGUCUCUGUCUUCCAGUUCCGAAGUACAGCAUCGUAUUUCUGAUCCUAACCCUAAAUCAAUAAUUAUUGAUCAAACUGACUAAGCUUUUUAGGUUGAUGAGCUCUCUACAAAGCAUUUCUGUUCUCCUCUUGAGCCUCUGCAGGGGCCAACAACUGGUGCUUAACUACUACUUCUACUGCAGAAGGUCACCUGUCCUCCAGCUGUCUCAGAACCUUCUGGGACACUUGCACUUCUAAGAGAGCAACACUGCUAUGGGGGUAAUUCUCAAAAGUGCUAAAUACAGUGGAGCAAAUCCCCGUGGGCUGUACACUUUCUUAAGUCCUGCCCAGGUCUUAGUGGCAAAGUUGAGCAUGAAACCUGUACUGCCAAAAAUACCUGCCCCUUAAGAAGAAAGACAUCUGAAGGUGACUUUGAGGAAAGGAUGAUGUCUUCCACAUUCAACUCAUAAGCUUAAAAACAAACAAACAAAAGCAAGGAAAAAAAAAAAAGCUGCGCUUCCACUAAAAAUCACCACCACUCUUAUCAAUUCAAACAACCGCUGUUAAUUCGGGCUAAAAUAUCUCCCCUGUGUAGCCCAAACUACCACCAUCACCAUCUGAAGAAUUUUUAAACAAAGACUCACCUGGAGACAGAUCUCUGCUAAGAGAGUACAUACUGCAAGGAAGACAGGUAAUCUGGCAAUGCAGUAUGAUGUUACUUUUCUAAUGACAAUUACUCCAGGACAAGGAAAAGACUGAGGCAGGGCUUUGGGGCAGUGUUUCAUGCUCAGCAAGCUUGCAGAGGGAAGGAAUGCAAUUCUAUGAAUCACUUGUACUGUAUUUCUGUUUCUAGACUUGAAUGAAUUUCACUUUUCCUUUGUGGGUCAGCAUAGUAAACAUUAAUGAAAAGGUCUAUUUUUAUAAAUCUCUUUCACCAGUUGAGAGGGCUGACCUGCAGCCACCAGAUAGACUUAUUUAUCCAUAGAGGACAGAAUGUUUAUUUUUACACUAAGAUUACUUACAGCAUUGAAUAAAACAAGGCCUUUGAUCUAAAUCUUAAUAGUAUCACCAAAUUGCAGAAGUAUGUAUGGUGGACAGUUCCAUGUUUCUUCCCAGUAAGUCUCUCAAAAGAAGUUACUCAGAAAUAAACUUCCAAAUGAAGUACAAGAGAUCCUUGUGAUCUAACUACAGGAAAUUUACGAACCAGGAGAAAACUCAAUAAAGUGAGCUAGAUCUCACUAGCUAAAAAAACCUGCAAAUGUAAAGUAAAUGGAAUGUUCUUGGGAUAUUGAGUUGCUUCCUCACGUGAUGCUGUACCCGGUACAUCUGGCUUCAUUUGGCUUCUGUGUUGUGGUUUAUAUGCCAGCCACUGUUAUAAAAACUGUACACAACACCUAUAUUUGCACUGUAAUCUUAAUUCAUUUGCCACUGAUUGUAACCCAAUGCUACAGACUUCUCUGUAUAUAAAACCAUAACCAUGUCCCACUUGCUUUCAAUAGCAUACAAUAAAGGCUUAUAUCUCUAUACUUA